GGGUCAUCCUGGUGGUGUGUGAGGGGCUGUGGGGGUGUCAGGAGAGUCUGAAAGGGCUUGAAGUCGGCAUGGGGACAGCAAGGGGCUUAGGUUGUGGGGCAUAAAAGGAUUUCAGGCAGGGUGCACGGUUUGAGUGGGGGAUGGCUGGCCAUGGGCAUAGGGGGCUGUUUGUGUCCCCCCUUCUGUGCAGUGGAGCCAUCGUGGUGGCUGGAGCUGGGGCUGUGACAUCACAGUGGUGCUGGGCUUGGGGGAGCCACCUCCUGAAUUCUGAGAUCAGCGGUACUGGGGCUUGGAGGCCAUGUCCUGUGCUGGACUCCGACUUAAGUCCCCAGCAGGACAGGGGAAUAGGCCAACCUGCUUGGCACAGAGGAGGAAGAACCACCCACAGCUCUCCUCAGGCUACCAUGGGACAGCGUGACACAGCGAGCAGCACUGCAGGCACACAGACCCCCAGACAGAGACAGCACUUGAGCAGGGUACACUUCAGCCACCUCACGGCCCAGGCGGCUGGGGACAAGGGCACUGUGGGGCAUCCCGGGACUGUGCAGUGCAGCUGGGGCACUGGCACAAGGCUCAGCAGGUCAGAGACUACCCUUCCAAGGGCCCAAAGGUCAGGGCAUUCAGCAGCCACCACCAGCCACCAGGUUGGCUGCCAGCGCUCGCUUAACCUUGAGCAGCUCAAGAAGGCCAAGCUGCACGUGGAGAUGGCCGUUAAGGAGAAGAAGAUCUUCUCGGUACAGGGUCCCUACCCCAUCAUCCGCCGCCUGCUGCGAGCCCGGGGCUGGGUGGAGAGGAAGCUCCUCCACGUGGGCAGACAGCUGGAGCAGCAUUGUGGAGACCACAACAAGCAGCGGCUGCAGACAGCUCCAAGUAAUGGUGGUGGUAGGCAGAGGGAGGUACUGCUGCACCCACACGGUGGGGCACAGCCUUUCCUGGGGACCACAGACCCCCUGCAGCACCCAUGGCUACCUGCUGAGGAGGAGGAAGAGCAGUGUGAUGAGGACCCCGACGGCAUCCAUGGCCUCAUGUCCUACCUGGCACGGGACCAGCUGCCAAACUUCAUCUGGACCAACUCCCCUGAGGCCGUUGACUGCCAGCUGCUGCAGCAGGACAGCAUGGUGAACCACUAUGCCCGGGUGGACGCGUUCACCACCAAGGAGGGGCUGUGCCUCAGCCUACAAAACCUUCCGUGGAUUGAGCAAGCUGACCCCAACACCUUCUUCCCCCGGUGCUACCGGCUGGGGACCAUGGAUGAUCGAGAAGCUUUCAUUGAGGAUUUCCGCCUGACAGCAGCACGUAGCCUGCUCAAACUGGCCCUGGAGGAGGCUGGGGACAGGCCAGUGAGGACUGAGCAGGUCCCAAACUCUGCCAAGGGAGCAGGGAGGCUCUGGCCCCAAGGCUGGCAUAGGAGUCACAUCUCUCACCCCAAGCAUUCCACAGCACGGCCAGGCUCCCCCCUGUACCCUGAGCUGGUAGAGGAAGCCCUGGAGAUCUGUAAGCAGCACCUGGGCGUUCUGCAGCACCAGGACAUCGACAGGAACACCCCGUCCCCCUGCAGGACAUGCAUCGACUGGGACCGCUUCCUGCAGCAAUACUACCGUGUGGCACAUGAGGGGGCAGGGCUGGUGCUGACCAGACAGCAGCGGAAGCAGUGCCAGGACCUGCUGCAGAGCCUGGCAGAGAAGCUGCCCCAGCUUGACAUGGAGGGCAAGCUCAAUGUCUGGAUCCUCAAGCCCGGUGCUGAAUCCCAAGGCAGGGGCAUCAUCUGCAUGAGGCGGCUGGAGGAGAUGCUGCAGCUGGCAUGGAGCUGCACAGCACCCUCGGUGCAGGUGGGCAGAUGGGUGGUGCAGAAGUACGUGGAGCAGCUGCUGACCAUUUUCGGCACCAAAUUCGACAUCCGGCAAUGGUUUGUUGUGACUGACUGGAACCCACUGACUGUCUGGUUCUACCAAGACUGCUACCUGCGCUUCUGCUCCCGGCCCUUCUCCCUGCAUCACCUGGAGCGUGCCAGGCACCUCUGCAACGUCUCCGUCCAGAAGUGGUACAAGAUGUCACCAGAUCAGGACCCCCGUGUGCCCCCUGACAAGACCUGGUCAAACAAGCAGUUCCAGGAGUACCUGGCACAGCUGGGGCAGGCGGAUGCUUGGCACCAGGUGCUGGUGCCCGGUAUGAAGGCGGCGAUCCUGAACACUCUGCGCAGUGCCCGGGACCGGGUGCGUUUCCGCAAGGGCAACUUCGAGCUCUACGGGGCCGACUUUGUUGUCGGGGAGGACUGCCAGCCCUGGCUGCUGGAGAUCAACUCCUGCCCCACCAUGAGCCCCUCCUCGGCAGUGACCCGACAGCUCUGUGCCAACGUCCAGCGGGACACGCUGUGCCUCGUGCUCGACCGCAAGGACAACCCCACCUGUUCCGUUGGAGCGUUUGAGCUCAUCUACAAGGAGGCAGCUGUGCCCAAGCCUCUGUCAGCACACGUGAAGCUGAUGGUCAAAGGCUGUUCCCUGAAGAACCUCCAGUCACCAGAGCAGCAAGCCCAGGACAAGCUCCCCACACCUGUGGCCAAUACUCUCUACCACUCUGUGUCCCCAGGGGCCAGAGCCACCCAUGUACCCAAGCGAGCACAGCAUCAGUUCCCCACCACUGUGCCCUGUGCCCCCAAGCUCUCCCUGUCCUCAGGGGGCAGAACCACCCAGGUGCUGCAGAGAGCACAGCAUCCAUCUCUUGCCAUGGUGCCCAGUGCCUCCAAGUUGUCUGCAUCCCCAGGAGGCAGGACCACCCAGGUGCCCCAGAGAGCAUGGCAUCGAUCUCCCACCGUCACUGUGUCCAGUGCUUCCAACUCUUCUGUGUCCCCAGGGGGCAGAACAACCAAGGUGACCCAGCCCAGAACAGCAAAAGAGAAGCUGCCUCUGGAGCAACCGAGCCACUGCUCUUCCACCAGCUCUAACUCCCCAGCACCACCAAAGCCUCAGGCGUCUUCUGCUGGGAGCAAGGGGCUGUCACAGCUUGGUCACCUGCCUGGGCAGCCCCAGGCUGCACAGCCCCAGAACAAUGGCUGUCACCUGGACUGGAUGCCAAUGCCACCACCCCGGAGAACCCACAGCAACCCCUGGCUAACCCAGGGUUCUGCACGCUCCUUCCCUCCUGCCAAGCCCCUGCAACAACCUCUGUCUGUUCAGAGCACCAGGACCCUAUGCCUGGAGCAGAAGCACACAGCAGCUCCCAAAGGGAUGCAGAAAACUUGGGACUCUGAGACACCCCCAGAAGUGGACAGCACCCUGACUGUCCUUGCUGAGCCAACACUGGCUGCCUCUCAUCCCAAAGAGCUCCUACUGCUGUGUCGUGGUACCCACCUUCUCCCUCCUUCCCCUUUAAAAUAAUUCUGUGGUAAGGA